AUUCUUUUAGGAUGUGGCGUUAAACACUCGGUGCGAUAUUGACAAUAACAGAAUUCUUUGUGUGAGCACCGGCGUUACACGUUGCACAGCGGUUUAACGAAGGUGUUGUUUUUAAAAGUUAGAAUAGUUUAAACUUACUUAAUUACGUCUCUUUUCUCUUAUGGCAUAUGGACGAACCAUGUUUUCCUCAGACAUCUUUUGUUUUUUUAAGUGCUAAUGUGGACUUUUGCCUUCUUUGUGUGAGAUUUUGGCUGUAAAUUGAACAGUGCUGUGAGUGGUCCUCUGCAGACGCAGCCAUGGUGUUGAUUCUGGGCCGACGUCUGAACCGCGAGGAGUCAGCGGGCAUCCGCGACUCCCCUGCCAUCAAGCGCAAGGUGUUUGAGAUGGAGCCCAAGAACCCAGGUGACGUAUUCGACUUCUCCUCAGGGCCGUCACACUCCGAGAGCGUGCUGCAGGUGUUCAACGAGUUCCGUGAGACCCGGCUGUUCACAGACGUAGUGAUCAGCGUGCAGGGCCGUGAGUUCCCCAGCCACCGCGCUGUCCUGUCCGCCUGCAGUGGCUACUUCCGUGCCAUGUUCUGCAACGACCACCGUGAGAGCCGGCAGAUGCUGGUGGAAAUCAAUGGCAUCCAGGCUGAUGCUAUGGAUGUCUUUCUGCAGUAUGUCUACACUGGACGUGCCAAGAUCACCACUCAGAAUGUCCAGUACCUCUUUGAAACCUCCAGCCUCUUCCAGAUCGCCAUCCUGAGGGAUGCCUGUGCCAAAUUCUUGGAGGACCAGCUGGACCCCUGCAACUGCCUCGGGAUGCAACGCUUCGCUGAUGCCCACUCCCUCAAACAACUGGCCAGCCGGUGCCGAGGUUAUGCCCUGCAGAACUUUCCAGAAGUUGCCCAGCAUGAGGAAUUCCUGGACUUGAGGAGGGAGGAACUGGAGGAGUAUAUAGCCAGUGAUGAGCUGUGUGUAGGCAGGGAGGAGGUGGUGUUUGAAGCUGUGAUGAGGUGGGUCUACCAUGCUGUGGACUGCCGCAGGCCUCUGCUGAAGGAUCUCCUUCAGCAUGUGAGGCUACCACUCCUGCACCCCAACUACUUUGUACAGACGGUGGAGGGUGAUCAGCUGAUCCAGAAUGCCCCGGAAUGUUACCAGCUGCUGCACGAGGCUCGGCGCUACCAUGUGCUCGGUAAUGAGAUGAUGUCACCACGAACCAGACCACGCAGGUCGACUGGUUUUUCAGAGGUGAUUGUGGUGGUGGGAGGGUGCGAGAGGUUAGGGGGUUUCAACCUGCCCUACACAGAGUGUUAUGACCCAGUUACGGGUGAAUGGAAGUCUUUGGCCAAGCAUCCAGAAUUCACCAAGUCAGAGUACGCAGUGUGUGCCCUGCGCAACGACAUCCUCGUCUCAGGCGGGCGCAUCAACAGCAGCUACGUUUGGAUGUACAACUCUCAGCUGAACCUGUGGAUCAGGGUGGCCUCACUGAAUAAGGGCCGCUGGAGACACAAGAUGUCUGUGCUGCUUGGGAAGGCGUAUGCAGUAGGAGGAUAUGAUGGUCAGUCUUGUAUCAGUAAUGUGGAGGUGUAUGACUCUUUCUCCAACCGCUGGACGGAGGUGGCCCCUCUGAAGGAAGCUGUGAGCUCUCCAGCUGUAGCCAGCUGUGCAGGGAGACUCUUUGUCAUCGGUGGCGAGCCAGACGAGAACAGCUGCACAGACAAGGUACAAUGUUAUGACCCAGAGGCGGACAGCUGGUUGCUAAGAGCCAGCGUUCCAGUCGCAAAGCGCAACAUCACAGCUGUCUCGCUGAACAACCUGGUGUAUGUGUGUGGAGGCUUGACCAAGAGCAUCUACUGCUAUGACCCAGCGCAGGACUUCUGGAUGCCUGUGGUCAACACCUUCAGCAGACAGGAGUGCUGCGGUAUGUCAGUGUGUAAUGGAAAGAUUUUCAUCCUGGGUGGACGAGGAGAGAAUGGUGAAGCCUCUGAUAGCAUUCUGUGCUAUGACCCUGCCUCUGGCAUCAUCACAGGAGUGGCUGCUAUGCCCCGCCCCAUCUCCUACCAUGGCUGCAUCACCAUACACCGCUUCAACGAGAAACUGCAUCGGACCUGAGAUCAUAGCUAUACAGUCAAGCACACAAGCAGCUGGCCGGUUUAAAAAAAACACUAUUGGAACAAUGAGCCUCACUAUUCUUACUGAUUUGACCACUUUUUGAAAUAGUUUAGAUUCCCAUGUGCAGGUCAAGGUGAUCUAACAGUCUUUUCAACUUUUUAAAGAGAGGAUCUACACUUUCUGUUUUUCUGUCUGGUCUCUCUUUACCUCUGUUUUCAUCUUUGUAGGGGUCCAAGCACUCAGUGCUGGAAUUUUAUAUUUUCCUAUGUAGACUCUGUCUCUCUUAUUCAAAUGUACAGCAUACUUAUGAAAACAUGGAUACCUGCCAGCCUGCUCGGACACCAGAUGCAUUCUUGUAAUUCCACACAUCAUGCCAUGCUUGGCUUAUACAGUGCUUCCUUGGAAUCGUGGGCUUCCACUGCAUUAGCCAGAAACUGGGCUGACAACAACAGUCAUGAAUCAGCUGCCUUCCAGCAAACAAUAAACCUGUGUUUUCCACCAUUCUUUUAAUGUUGGUGGUUGUUUCUUUUAGUUGUCAUCUGAUUACUCACUAUUUGUCUAUUAUUUUACAUAUUGAUAGUUGUCCUCAUUUUUAUCAUAUAGUUUGUUCUUUCUUAUAAUCAGUAAUUGUGUAAAAUCUUUUUAUUUUCUAUUUUUUCAUUGUUGAUCUUGUAUUCUUUUAAAUUAUAUUGGUAAUUUGUUCUUUUUUCAUAUUACUUUUUGCAGUUUUCUUUUUAUUAUUAAUGAUAUAUUUUGCAGAAUAUAAAAGCAGUGUAUAGCGUAUAGUCUUUAGCCUGUAGAUAAAGGUAGCCUACCUUAGACGUUUGACGUUGUGGUCAAAACAUGCAAUUACAAGUUUGUUAUUCUAGCAGAUGGACUCCGAAUAGACAGCACAAAGCAGUGGACACACUGAACUGUGCUUGUGUCCGCACUCAGACUGACAAGACAGUUUUGAAACUGGUCAGUAACAAAUCGAGAGCCUCUGUUGGUUUCUUCAUAAAUGUUAUUGCUGUGAAUUUUUCUUUUUUUUUUUUCUUUUCUCCGUUUCACUUUUAUUUAAGUGUGCCAAGUGUGUAGCAUGCACAACCAUUGUGCCUUUCUGUUUUAUUUAAAAGAAACAAAAAAAAAAAACAGAACCCCAGGCAUGCACUUAAUGUAAGGUUAUUAAGUAUGUUGUCAUUAGUGCUAUGAUUUCUCAGUGUAAAUAGAUUUUCAUUGAUUUUUAUUGUGUGUUAGUAGCCCAUGUUAACCAUUUUCUGUGUUGUAAAUGUAAGUGGCUUUCCGUCACAUGUGCCUCACUUACGUUUUGGUGACGCAAAAUGCUUGAUAAAGCGAGACUGCUCAUCAAGAAUGCAGUUGGGCUUUUUCAGACCCCUUUUCAUCCAACCCAAACUCUAUAAUCCUAAGAAAACCUGGUCACAGUCAGGAAGAUUUAAUGUUUUUUUUUCCAACUUACCUGUUUAUUUUUGUUUAUAUUCAGUUUACUGACAUUGACACAUGAAGAUGCUUCACCUUCCAACAUAUAUGUUCCAACAAAGAUGCUGAAGUUCAUCUUUUCAACCUGCCACAUAAUGUUUCCUUGUACUGAGAAAAGAACUAAAAACCUGUUGGCUUGAAACUCACUUCCAAAAGAAGCCAAUGGGCUGGAGUACACGUUUAAUGCAAAUAUAACCAAAUAUUUAGGAGGUUCGUAUCUUCAGCAUUUCAGGUGAGAAGACAUUUGCCCCCAGGCCUCAAUGAAAAUUCAGUUCUAAAGAUGCUGCUCUAGUCAUAAGAAAACCCUGUCAUGCCUUGACAAUUCAGCAUCUGGGAGGAGAAAAAAAAAACAGUUUUGUAGAAUGACGCAGUGCCAGACGACUGUCGCCAAAAGCCAGUGGCGAUUUGACUUAUCUGAAGUAAUCAGAUAGACUUGAAUAAGAAUGCUGGCAUGCAGUUCACAAGAACAGUUUCCCCCGAGCAUAUUUGUGCCCUAUCUUUGCCAUACAUCUAAGUGUGCGUGUUCAGUGUCUUUGUUGCCUCAAAGGCCUAUUAUUGCUUUUUCUCAUCAGUUGGCCUUGCCAGCAGUGUCAUUUCUCAAGUUGGAUGUAAUGAUUUCAUACGUGACAUUCUGAACAGCAGUUAUGAAUGGUUGUAUACUAGUGAUGCAACUGUGAUUGCCAGAAAUGUCUAAUUGCCAAUCGUGUGGCAUUGUUAAAGAUUUGCCAGGAUUAGGUGUGAGCAAUAUAAUGAUACUGAUUAUUAACCUGAUAAAUAAUGUCAUAUUAUGUCACAUUAUGCUGUUCUGAGCAUAUUUUGGACACCGUACUUAAAGAAUACUGUCUUGAUUUGUCUUGUUUGAUUGGAUAUAGUGCAGCACAGUGUGUGAACCACUGAACAAAAAAAUAUAUUCAUAGCAUUGUAGUGUGUUUUCGCAAUAUCGUCCAUGCUAAAGAAACAUUGUGAUUGGCAAGAGGGCAUCUACUGCAAUAUCUGUACUGGAAAUGCCAUCAUUGUGAUAUAAAUUAACAAACAAUAUAAUUUGCAGACCUAAUGUAUUAGAUUUUUAAAAUAAGGUCUGUAAUACAGGAAAAUUUGCUGCUUGCCUCUACAAACGCAUGUAAAACUGUAUAAUGUACAAUAACUCACUACGGGUUCAAUGCAGCAUAUUAUGUCAUUGGUUACCAGAAGCAAUACAGUACUUCAGCAUUAAGGAGUGCGUUGUGAAUGUGUCCACCUUUUAAAUUGUCUUUUUUAAUGUGGAUACAUAUGGAGUGAGUGUCUGAGAAAAUGAGCUGUUUGUUGUAUUUUCAUUUAUUCAGCAAUGCAUUUCUGUAUAUUGCUUGCAGACCUAUUAGUGAAGCCUCAAUAAAGAUUUUUUUUCUCCCCCA